AUGGCGGAGCUCACCACGACGAAGCUCAACGCUGAGUCGCACCUCCUCCUCGACCAGCCGCUCCUGCGCAUGCCCUACGAACUCUCGCGCCGCAACCAAAAGACGGCGCAGCGAUACGUCGAGAACGGCACGAAAGACCUGCUCACAACACUCGCCGCGACCACGAAAGCCGCGACCAAGUCCGCGUCGCCGGAUGCCACGCUCACGUCGAUCGAUAGCAUGAUUUCGAAGAUGCAGGGCCUGAAGCGCAAACUGGAGAGUCUGCAUGAGGAGGAGGUCAAGAUUCAUAGGUCGAACAAGGCACGGUUGCAGCAUCUGCAGCAUCUGUAUGAGGUGCAGAGUCUGGUGGAUGUCAAGUACGACGAGUGGUCGCGCAUACGGCUGUCGCGGCUGCUGGUGGACUAUCUGUUACGAGAGGGAUAUUCGCAGAGCGCGGCGCAUCUCGCGGCGAGCCAGGGCAUUGAGGAGCUGGUCGAUGUGGAUGCUUUUGUUGCGUGCCAUAGGAUCGAGAAGAAUUUGAGAGAGGAACAAAGUACGACGCUCGCGCUCAACUGGUGCAGGGAUAACGCCAAGGAGUUGAAGAAGGUGGGGAGCAUGCUGGAGUUCGAGCUCAGGCUGCAGCAGUAUAUCGAGUUGGUGCGGCAGGGGCAUGUCGCGGGGAUCGGGGAUGUGUAUAUGGACGGCGAGGCGGACGGGAUGAAUGGGGUUAGUUUGGGAGGUGCAGGAGGAGAGACGAAACUGGUCGAGGCAAGGGCUCAUGCUAAAAAGUAUUUGAGUGCGAGUGGGGACUUCGACUUGCUAGGACGAGCGGCGGGAUUGCUGGCGUAUAAGCCUUGGGAUGAUGUGGAGCCAUAUGCGUCUCUCUACUCAUCCUCACGUUGGGACCACCUCGCCCACCUCUUCCUCACCACGCACCACAACCUCUACUCGCUCCCACCCCGACCCCUCCUCCACAUCGCGCUCUCCGCCGGCCUCUCUGCCCUCAAAACGCCCGCCUGCCACUCGGCCUACACAUCAUCGUCCGCCAACGCGUCCUCAUCCACCACGUCCGUCUGUCCCAUCUGCAGCACCGAGCUGAAUGAACUGGCCCGAAACGUGCCCUACGCCCACCACACUAAGAGUAUCGUGGAGAACGACCCGGUCGUGCUGCCGAAUGGCCGAAUAUACGGAAGAGACAGAUUGAGGCUGUUCAAUGAGAAGAUUGGGACCGAGAGAGGGUGGGUCCGGGAUCCGGUAGAGGGAGUUAAGGGAGAUAAGUGGAGAGAGAGUGAGGUCAGGAAGGUGUUUGUUAUGUGA